CUGGUGGUUGGUAGAAUGCUCCGAUGUAUGUUGAUGAUUGAUUGUAUUGGUGGUGGAGGGUCUCGAUGCUAGGGCGAUCAAGUGUUAUAUACCGAGCGUGACUUGGGUAAGGAAUCAGGAUGGCAUCCACCCCAGCAUGCGCCAUAGCGCCGCGCUCGCCGAUUGACCCCAGGGAUCGCGCCCAAAAACGUGGUACAUGGCUGCGGCUCUACCGUUUCCGUCAUUUCACGCUCUGACCAGAUCAGCGUUCGUUGCUUUUAGUUGCCGUCUGCGCAGGGGCCCCAUGGCAGAUGCUAGUGUGCUGAGCCUAGGGGCUGGCUGUUCAGGCCUGCACAAACUCCACAAUCUCGAGAAGCGUGGCGCCUCUACACGACGAACCUAUCACAAGCGUCAGACAUGGCAUAAUUCAAGCCUCAACCCCUCCUGCUGCAAUCUGAUCGCGGACGCCGAUCAGCCACGGAUUGGGAACUUGCACCAGACGCCUCAGCCGCACCUUCUGGUCAGUCUGCUGUCAAUCUUCCUUACACGCAAGCAUGCAGCCCUCAACGCCAGCAUGAUAGUCCAGACUGACAGCUCACCUGACGUAGAUAGCGCAAUGUCUGUAUCUGGGGUGGGUAAGCGAGAGAUUCUGUAACGAAAAGCACAGUGGGCAUCUGGCCUUCUCGCACGUUCAACAUUUCGAAACAACAGCAGCUCAUGGCCAAAUCUCACCGCCCGCCCUGUCAUCGUGGUACAACGCGUCUGGGAGACGUGUACCCCUCCACCUCACGGACGCUGGGCUAACUGCA